AUGUCAAACCCAUAUCACCAUCGCUCGAUCCCAGACUACUUCAUUUCCUCCCCCCUUGUCGCCCUGCUCUACCCUUUCCACCAGCUCCUCCUCCGUCUCCGCGGCUCUCCCCGACUCCCACCAUCACAGCCUCCAAUCCGCGUCGUCUGUCUCUCCGAUACACAUACUCUUCAGUGGCCCGAUGUCCCAGAUGGUGACCUUCUGAUACAUGCUGGCGAUCUCGCCAAUGAUGGCUCCGUCCGCGAGAUUCAAGCUGCCGUCGACUGGCUACGCAGUCUGCCACACCCACACAAGGUCGUCAUUGGCGGCAAUCACGAUAGCUACUUUGACGUGCGAUCGCGACUUGAAGAAGAUCGCGAAGAUACCAGCGCCUCCGCCUCCUUUGCCGCAGUCUCCUCCACAGCUUCCAUCCGAUCCUUGGACGAGCUAACAGCCUCGCGCAUCGACUGGGGUGACAUCCACUACCUCCAACACUCCUCUGUGACACUCGACUUCGCACCCUCCUCUCCUCCAACCGCCACUACACCUCUGACCAGCGACCACUCCCGCUCACUCACAAUCUACGGCGCUCCUCAAAUCCCCGCACUUAUGCCCUUCGGUCCCGAACACGCCUUUACCUACCCACCCCACCACGACGCCUGGACACGCACCAUUCCCACAGACACAGAUAUUCUAGUCACACACACCCCACCACAAGCCCACCUCGACAUGUCCCCAAUCUACUCAACAGGCUGCCCAAACCUACUCGCCGAAACAUGGCGUAUCAAACCCGCCCUCCACGUUUUCGGCCACAUCCACAACUCCGCCGGCCGCGAACCCGUUUUCUGGGACGAAGCCCAGCGCGCCUGGGAACGACUCUGCGCCUCACGCCGACCGAGAGCAAAGUACGGGCGUAUUCUCUCGUUGAUGGGAUUCCUGCGCGACCUAUUCGACCCGGCCAGCUGGCUCGAUGCGGCGCGAGUGCUGAUUUAUGGCGUCCUGGGCGUGGUUUGGGCGCAGGUUUGGGGUGGGGAGAGUCAACACGGUGGGUGGAUGGUGAAUGCGGCAUGUAUGUAUAGGUCGAGUGGAAAAUUGGCGAAUGCGCCGCAGGUGGUUGAAUUGUGA